AUGCUCACAGGCUGGCCAGAUGAGGGUAAGACCAGCAACAGCAGCGAAAACGACGAUGAUGAUGACGACAGCAACAACAACUGCACAGAUGAAGGUGCCAUUCUCUUGCGCACCGAUUCCUCGGAGUUUACUUCAGCUGAGCUCGAGGCGCUGUACCGAAUCAACGUGGGUGACGACGGUCCACCGCCAGUGGAGGGCCGUGGCGGCAGCAGCAACGAUAACAGCAAGAGCAAUACAAGCAAGGCGCGAGGCUUCUCAGCGGGCGGGAGCCGGCAGCGCGGCGUCACGCUACGGCAGAUUCUUCCACGCGAAGGGCUCGUGGGCGGCACCGACAGCAUGGCAGACGCGGUGCUUGCGACCACGACGCUGCACGUGGAGGAUCGCGGGCUCCACGACACCACUCUGCUGGAGUGUUUCUUAAAUAUUACACAUCUCUACCUACAGCACAACGACAUCGUCUCACUCGACGGCGUCGCGUUGCUCACGCAGCUCACUGUCCUCGUUGUGCACCAUAACGCCGUGGAGACGCUGCGGCCACUCGCGGGUCUCGGCGCACUGCGCUUUUUGGACGCACGUGAGAACGCCAUCGCAGUGUUGGACCCAGCGUUAGACCUGCCGCGAGAGUCGCUGCAGUACCUUGCGCUGCUCGGCAAUCCGUGCUGCGGCGCCACGGCGGCUUCCGAGGAAGGGCGCGAGGCGUACCGGCAGCGAAUCAUUGCAUGCUGUCCACGCCUCGAGAUGCUCGACGAUGUGCGGUGCCAGCCGUCGUCCUCCACUUCUUCUUGCGGAAGCGACGAGGAGAAAGGGGAGGAGGCGGAAGAAAAGAGGCUGCGGACGCCACCGCCACCGCUGCCAGUGGCCAAUGAGGAGCGACGUAGCAGUGGUGGCUGCAUUGCUCGCUCACGUCUGAGGCGGUCAGUGGCGAUGAGUAAACCGCUAUCGCUAUCGCCACCGCGCCCCGCAUCGGUGGAGCAGCAACACGCCACCGCAACGGAUCGCUUGUGCCAGCAGUUCCAGCACCGUUCUGGCAGCAUUCGACAGAUUGCGAAGGAGCAUGCUUUGUGGGUUGCAGACGAGGAGGGCCAAACCGGGUGGGUCGGCGACAGUACCAACGGCGGCAGUGAGGCAACGGGUGACUCUGGCCAGCUGCCACCCACACUGGCGCAGGAACGGCGGACGAAGACGCGCCUCUAUGCUGACAUUCAUUUCGCCCUGGAAACGGACAACGCCAGGGCGCAGCAACUGCUAGGGGGUGUGUGGGAGGACGUGGACAAGGUCCUUCGCACGAGAAAGGCGUUGGUUAAUCACCGGCGCGAACGUAUGGAGUCGCAGCGGCAGCAGCACUCCAGCGCCUACGCGGAGAGUAUCGCCCUGCUGCAGAAGGAAAAUCACACGAAGGACUUGGAAAAGUACCGCAAGUGA